AUGGCUGCAGGCAAGAUUCUUUUGGAGAGUUAUCAUUAUUUGCUGCAUGUUGCAUAUGCAUGUCACUGCAUAUUUAAGGAGCCAUUAUUAAAAGCUGUAACAUUCAGUUGCUACUGCUCACCGUUAGAAGUAGAACAUCUCCUACUUUUUAUCAACUUUGACUUGUUAAAAGAUCAUCAUUUCAGGAAUAAAAAUGCACAGUAGUAGUUAUAGUUACCACAGCAGUGAUUCUGUGUUUAGUAACACUACCAGCACUCGAACCAGUCUUGACUCAAAUGAAAAUUUCCUCUCAGUUCAUUGUGGCCCGACCCUGAUCAACUCCUGCAUUAGCUUUGGCAAUGAAUCCUUUGACGGACACAGGUUGGAAAUGUUGCAGCAGAUUGCCAACCGGGUUCAGAGGGACAGUGUCAUCUGUGAAGACAAACUGAUGCUUGCCCGAAAUGCUCUCCAGUCUGAUUCUAAACGAUUAGAAUCAGGGGUGCAGUUCCAGAAUGAAGCAGAAAUUGCCGGGUAUAUACUUGAAUGUGAGAACCUUUUACGCCAGCAUGUAAUUGAUGUACAGAUUCUUCUUGAUGGAAAGUACUACCAGGCAGAUCAGCUGGUACAGAGGGUUGCAAAGCUGCGUGAUGAAAUUAUGGCCUUAAGGAAUGAAUGCUCCUCAGUGUACAGCAAAGGACGCAUGCUGACAACGGAGCAGACGAAGCUCAUGAUAUCAGGAAUCACUCAAAGUUUAAACUCAGGAUUUGCACAGACCUUUCACCCUAGCCUGAACUCAGGGCUGACCCAGAGUUUAACACCUUCCCUGACCUCUUCUAGUAUGACUUCUGGCCUGUCCUCAGGGGUGACCUCCCGCCUGACGCCAUCUGUCACUCCAGCUUACACACCUGGUUUACCAUCAGGAUUGGUUGCAAAUUUCAGUUCAGGAGUAGAGCCAAAUUCACUGCAGACUCUGAAGUUGAUGCAGAUCCGAAAACCCCUUCUAAAGUCUUCUUUGCUGGAUCAAAAUUUAACAGAAGAGGAAAUCAACAUGAAAUUUGUUCAGGAUCUUUUGAACUGGGUUGAUGAGAUGCAGGUUCAACUGGACCACACUGAAUGGGGCUCAGAUUUGCCAAGUGUGGAAAGCCAUUUAGAAAAUCAUAAGAAUGUUCACCAAGCUAUUGAAGAAUUUGAAUCUAGCCUUAAGGAAGCCAAAAUCAGUGAGAUUCAAAUGACGGCACCUCUUAAACUAACUUAUGCAGACAAGUUGCACAGAUUAGAGAGUCAGUAUGCAAAACUCUUGAAUACAUCCAGAAAUCAGGAACGGCACCUUGAUACACUCCAUAAUUUUGUAAGUCGUGCAACCAAGGAACUUAUUUGGUUGAAUGAAAAAGAGGAGGAGGAAGUUGCUUACGACUGGAGUGAGAGAAACACCAACAUAGCUCGGAAAAAAGAUUAUCAUGCCGAAUUAAUGAGAGAACUUGAGCAAAAGGAAGAAAAUAUUAAAACAGUUCAGGAGAUAGCAGAGCAGCUGCUUCUGGAAAACCAUCCAGCCCGCUUAACUAUUGAGGCGUAUAGGGCGGCCAUGCAGACACAGUGGAGCUGGAUCUUACAACUCUGCCAAUGUGUGGAGCAGCACGUGAAGGAGAACACAGCGUACUUUGAGUUUUUCAAUGAUGCCAAAGAAGCUACUGAUUACUUAAGGAAUCUAAAAGACGCCAUUCAGCGGAAGUACAGCUGUGACAGAUCAAGCAGCAUCCACAAGCUGGAAGACCUUGUUCAGGAGUCAAUGGAGGAGAAAGAAGAACUUCUGCAGUACAAAAGUACAGUAGCAAGCCUGAUGGGAAAAGCAAAAACAAUAACUCAGCUGAAGCCAAGGAAUUCUGACUGUCCACUCAAAACUUCUAUUCCAAUCAAAGCUAUCUGUGACUAUAGGCAAAUUGAGAUAACCAUUUACAAAGACGAUGAAUGUGUUUUGGCGAAUAACUCUCAUCGUGCUAAAUGGAAGGUUAUUAGUCCCACUGGGAAUGAGGCUAUGGUCCCUUCUGUGUGCUUCACCGUCCCACCCCCAAACAAAGAAGCAGUUGACUUUGCAAACAGAAUUGAGCAGCAGUAUCAGAAUGUCCUGACUCUUUGGCAUGAGUCUCACAUAAACAUGAAGAGUGUUGUAUCCUGGCAUUACCUCAUCAAUGAAAUUGAUAGAAUUCGGGCUAGCAAUGUGGCUUCAAUAAAGACAAUGCUACCUGGUGAACAUCAACAAGUUCUGAGUAAUCUACAAUCUCGUUUUGAAGAUUUUCUGGAAGAUAGCCAGGAAUCCCAAAUAUUUUCAGGCUCAGAUAUAACACAGCUGGAAAAGGAGGUUAACGUAUGUAAACAGUAUUAUCAAGAACUUCUUAAAUCUGCAGAAAGAGAGGAACAAGAAGAGUCAGUUUAUAAUCUCUACAUCUCUGAAGUUCGAAACAUUAGACUUCGGUUAGAGAACUGUGAAGAUCGGUUGAUAAGGCAGAUCCGAACUCCCCUGGAAAGAGAUGAUCUGCAUGAAAGCGUAUUCAGAAUCACAGAGCAGGAGAAACUAAAGAAAGAACUGGAACGACUUAAAGAUGAUUUGGGAACAAUCACAAAUAAGUGUGAAGAAUUUUUCAGUCAAGCAGCAGCCUCCCCAUCAGUCCCCACCUUGCGAUCUGAGCUCAGCGUGGUCGUUCAGAACAUGAACCAGAUCUAUUCGAUGUCUUCUACUUAUAUAGAUAAGUUGAAAACUGUUAACUUGGUGUUAAAAAACACUCAAGCUGCAGAAGCCCUUGUAAAACUCUAUGAAACUAAGCUGUGUGAAGAAGAAGCAGUUAUAGCUGACAAGAAUAAUAUUGAGAAUCUCAUAAGUACUUUAAAGCAAUGGAGAUCUGAAGUAGAUGAAAAGAGAGAGGUAUUCCAUGCAUUAGAAGAUGAGUUGCAGAAAGCUAAAGCCCUCAGUGAUGAAAUGUUUAAAACAUAUAAAGAACGGGACCUUGAUUUUGACUGGCACAAAGAAAAAGCAGAUCAAUUAGUUGAAAGGUGGCAAAACGUUCAUGUGCAGAUUGACAAUAGGUUAAGGGACUUAGAGGGCAUAGGCAAAUCACUGAAGUACUACAGAGAUACUUAUCAUCCCUUAGACGAUUGGAUCCAGCAGGUUGAAACUACUCAGAGAAAGAUUCAGGAAAAUCAGCCUGAAAAUAGUAAAGCCCUAGCUACACAGUUGAAUCAACAGAAGAUGCUGGUGUCCGAAAUAGAAAUGAAACAGAGUAAGAUGGAUGAGUGUCAAAAAUAUGCAGAGCAGUACUCAGCUACAGUGAAGGACUAUGAGUUACAAACAAUGACCUACCGGGCCAUGGUAGAUUCACAACAAAAAUCUCCAGUGAAACGCCGGAGAAUGCAGAGCUCAGCAGAUCUCAUCAUUCAAGAGUUCAUGGACCUAAGGACUCGGUAUACUGCCCUGGUCACUCUCAUGACACAAUAUAUUAAAUUUGCUGGUGAUUCAUUGAAGAGGCUGGAAGAGGAGGAGAUUAAAAGGUGUAAGGAGACUUCGGAACAUGGGGCCUACUCAGAUCUGCUUCAGCGUCAGAAGGCCACAAUGCUGGAGAACAGCAAACUCACGGGGAAGAUAGGGGAACUGGAAAAGAUGGUAGCUGAACUAAGAAAACAAAAGACCCGAGUAGAGGAAGAACUUCCAAAGGUCAAGGAGGCUGCCGAAAACGAGUUGAGAAAGCAGCAGAGAAAUGUUGAAGACAUCGCUCUGCAGAAGAUAAGGGCUGAGAGUGAAGCCAAGCAGUACCGUAGGGAACUGGAAGCCAUUGUGAGAGAAAAGGAGGCUGCCGAGCGGGAGCUGGAGCGGGUGAGGCAGCUCACCAUGGAGGCUGAGGCCAAAAGGGCCUCCGUGGAGGAGAACCUCCUGAAUUUUCGGAAUCAGCUAGAGGAAAACACCUUUACCAGAAGAACCUUGGAAGACCACCUUAAGAGAAAAGAUUUAAGUCUCAGUGAUUUGGAACAACAAAAGCAUAAGUUAAUGGAAGAAUUAAGAAGAAAGAGAGACAAAGAGGAAGAACUCUUGAAGCUGGUAAAGCAGAUGGAAAAGGACCUUGCAUUUCAAAAACAGGUAGCAGAGAAUCAGUUGAAAGAAAAGCAGAAAAUUGAAUUGGAAGCAAGGAGAAAGAUAACUGAAAUUCAGUAUUCGUGUAGAGAGAAUGCACUGCCAUCUUGUGCCAUCCCACAGGCUACCUCAUACAGGGCUAUAGCAGGUCUUCAGAAAGAACAUGACAAACAGAAAGCAGAGGAACUCAAGCAGCAGGUGGAUGAGCUAACAGUUGCCAACAGAAAGGCUGAAAAAGAAAUGAGAGAGCUGAAGUAUGAGCUUAAUGCCCUCCAGUUUGAAAAAACGUCAUCUGAGGAAAAGGCUCGGUUGCUGAAAGAUAAACUGGAUGAAACAAACAAUACACUAAAGUGCCUGAAGUUGGAGCUGGAAAGGAAGGAUCAGGUAGAGGAAGGGUAUUCUAAACAACUCCGGGAACUUGGAAGGCAGUUGAACCAAACCACAGGCAAAGCUGAAGAAGCCAUGCAAGAAGCUGAUGACCUCAAGAAGAUCAAGCACAACUAUCAGCUAGAACUAGAAUCUCUUCAUCAUGAAAAAGGGAAACUGCAAAGAGAGGUAGACAGGAUCACUCAGGCACAUGCUGUAGCUGAGAAGAAUAUCCAGCACUUAAAUUCACAAGUUCAUUCUUUUCGGGGUGAGAAGGAGUUCGAAAGAGUACGAAUCUGCCAAAGAAAAUCAGAUCAUCUCAAGGAGCAGUUUGAGAAAAGCCAUGAGCAGUUGCUGCAAAAUAUUAAAGCUGAGAAAGAAAAUAAUGAUAAAAUCCAAAAGCUUAAUGAAGAAUUGGAGAAAAGUAACGAGUGCGCAGAAAUGCUAAAACAAAAAGUAGAUGAGCUUACUAGGCAGAAUAAUGAAACCAAAUUAAUGAUGCAGAGAAUUCAGGCUGAAUCGGAGAAUAUUGUUUUAGAGAAACAAACGAUCCAGCAAAGAUGUGAAGCCCUGAAAAUCCAGGCAGAUGGUUUUAAAGAUCAAUUGCGCAACACAAACGAGCACUUGCAUAAACAGACCAAAACAGAACAGGAUUUUCAAAGGAAAAUCAAAUGCCUGGAAGAAGACCUGGCCAAAAGUCAAAAUUUAGUAAGUGAAUUUAAGCAGAAGUGUGACCAGCAGAACAUUAUCAUCCAGAAUACCGAGAAGGAAGUUCGCAGUCUGAAUGCAGAGCUGAGUGCUUCCAAAGAAGAGAAGCGACGUGGAGAGCAGAAAGUUCAGCUGCAGCAAGCUCAGGUGCAAGAGCUAAAUAACAGGUUAAAAAAGGUACAAGAUGAACUGCACCUCAAGACCAUCGAAGAGCAGAUGACCCACAGGAAAAUGGUUCUGUUUCAGGAAGAAUCUAACAAAUUCAAACGCUCAGCAGAGGAGUUUCGUAAGAAGAUGGAGAAAUUAAUGGAGUCCAAAGUCAUCACUGAAAAUGAUAUUUCAUGCAUUAAGCAUGACUUUGUGUCUCUCCAGCAAGAAAACUGUAGAGCUCAAGAGAAUGCUAAGCUUUGUGAAACAAAUAUUAAGGAACUUGAAAGACAGCUUCAAGAAUACCGUGAGCAAAUGCAACAGGGGCAACACGUGGGAGCAAAUCAUUACCAGAAAUGUCGGAAACUCGAGGAUGAACUGAUAGCCCAGAAACGUGAAGUUGAAAACCUGAAGCAAAAAAUGGACCAACAGAUAAAAGAGCAUGAACUUCAAUUAGUUUUGCUCCAGGGUGAAAUCCAAAAAAAGAACACAGCCAAAGACUGUACCUUCAAACAAGAUUUUGAGGUGACAGUGAAGGAGCAUCAGCACUCUGGAGAGCUCUCCUCCAGUCACACUGGACCUCUUCCCCCAGUGGCCAGACCCCCUCUGUUGAGAUGGACUCAAGAACCACAGCAGUUAGAAGAAAAAUGGCAACAUCGAAUUGUUGAACAAAUACCAAAAGAAGUCCCAUUCCUACCACCAGGGGGUUCACUUGAGAAAGAAAAAAGCCAGCAGUGUUACUCUGAGUACUUUUCCCAAACAAGCACUGAAUUACAGAUAACUUUUGAUGAGACAAACCCUAUUACAAGACUACCUGAAAUUGAGAAGAUAAGAGAUCAAGCACUGCACAAUUCCAGACCACCUCUUAGGUAUCAAGAUAACAAAUGUGAAAUGGAACUGGUGAAGCUUUUGACACCCUUAGAGAUAGCUAAGAACAAGCAGUAUGAUAUGCAUACAGAAGUCACAACAUUAAAACAAGAAAAGAACCCAGUUCCCAGUGCUGAAGAAUGGAUGCUUGAAGGGUACAGAGCAUCUGGUGGACUCAAGAGAGAUUUCCUUAAGAAAGGCUCAGAACCAGAGACUUUCCAGAACCUCGAUAGUGAUCUUGCAUGUUCAGUUAGGGAUGAUGAAUUUAAAUUCCAGGGGCUCAGGCACACUGUGACUGCUAGGCAGUUGGUGGAAGCUAAGCUUCUGGACAUGAGAACAAUUGAGCAGCUGCGACUUGGUCUUAAGACUGUUGAAGAAGUUCAGAAAACUCUUAACAAGUUUUUGACGAAAGCCACCUCAAUUGCAGGGCUUUAUUUAGACACUACAAAAGAAAAGAUUUCAUUUGCCUCAGCAGCCAAGAGAAUCAUCAUAGACAAAAUGAUGGCUUUGGCGUUUUUAGAAGCUCAGGCUGCAACAGGUUUUAUAAUUGAUCCCAUCUCAGGUCAGACAUAUUCUGUUGAAGAUGCAGUUCUGAAAGGAAUUGUUGACCCUGAAUUCAGAAUCAGGCUUCUGGAGGCAGAGAAGGCAACUGUGGGAUAUUCAUAUUCUUCUAAGACAUUGUCAGUGUUUCAAGCUAUGGAAAAUAGAAUGCUUGACAGACAAAAAGGUAAACAUAUCUUGGAGGCCCAGAUUGCCAGCGGGGGCGUCAUUGACCCUGUGAGAGGCAUUCGCGUUCCUCCAGAGAUGGCUCUGCAACAGGGCUUGUUGAAUAAUGCCAUCUUACAGUUUUUACACGAGCCGUCCAGCAACACACGAGUUUUUCCUAAUCCCAAUAACAAGCAAGCUCUGUAUUACUCAGAAUUACUUCGAAUGUGUGUGUUUGAUGUAGAUUGUCAGUGCUUCCUGUUUCCAUUUGGGGAGAGGGACAUUUCCAACCUCAAUGUAGAGAAAACUCAUAAAAUUUCUGUAGUGGAUAUUAAAUCAGGAGCAGAGCUGACUGCAUAUGAGGCUUUCCAGAGAAACCUGAUUGACAAAAGUAUGUACCUUGAACUUUCAGGGCAGCAGUAUCAGUGGAAGGAAGCCACGUUUUUUGAAUCCUAUGGGCAUCCUUCUCAUAUGCUGACAGACACUAAAACAGGAUUGCAGUUCAACAUUGAUGAGGCCGUAGAGCAGGGAAUAGUUGACAAAGCCUUGGUCAAAAAACAUCAGGAAGGCCUCAUCACACUUACAGAACUUGCUGACUCUCUGCUAAGCCGGUUAGUUCCCAAGAAGGAUUUGCAUAGUCCUAUUGCAGGAUACUGGUUGACAGCUAGUGGGGAAAGGAUCUCUGUCCUAAAGGCCUCCCGGAGAAACUUGGUUGAUCGGAUUACUGCCCUCAGAUGCCUUGAAGCCCAAGUCAGUACAGGGGGAAUAAUUGAUCCUCUCACUGGCAAGAAGUAUCGGGUGGCCGAGGCUUUGCUUAGAGGCCUAGUUGAUGAGGGCUUUGCCCAGCAGCUGCGACAGUGUGAACUAGUGAUCACGGGGAUUGGCCAUCCCAUCACUAACAAAAUGAUGUCAGUGGUGGAAGCGGUGAAUGCAAAUAUCAUAAGUAAGGAAAUGGGAAUUCGAUGUCUGGAAUUCCAGUACUUGACAGGGGGAUUGAUAGAGCCACAGGUUUGCUCUCGGUUGUCAAUAGAAGAGGCUCUCCAAGUAGGUAUUAUAGACGUCUUCAUUGCUACCAAACUCAAAGAUCAGAAAUCAUAUGUCAGGAAUAUAAUAUGCCCCCAGACCAAAAGAAAGUUGACAUACAAAGAAGCCUUGGAAAAAGCUGAUUUUGAUUUCCACACCGGGCUUAAACUGUUAGAAGUGUCAGAACCUUUGAUGACAGGAAUUUCUAGCCUCUACUAUUCAUCAUAACAGGACAUGUUUAAAUGACUUUGUGCAAGGGGUGUUGCAGGUGAAUUCACACCAUUUGUCCAGAGCAUGUUGGUGUCAGCUAAAUGUUCAGGCUUGGAAUUGUGUUACUUGUUCUUGUUUCUUGAGGGCUGAAAGUCCCUGAUUGCUCAGAAAGAGAAUAAUAUUUAAAUGGAAAAUGACAAAAGAUUUAUCGCCUUUAAAAUGGUUCUAUUAGCUUUGAGAAUGGUUUUCUGAAUCUUGCACACACUAAAAUAAACAUGUUGUGCCUAGAAUGUGGAAUAAGGUUGAUAAACUUCAACAAGUUCACAGUGUCAUUUCUUCAGAACUGCCUUCACUGAUUAGAUCCAGCCUGGUGUUAGUGUUCUCAUUUAAUAAUUAAUAACAUUGCGCACACAUUGAGCAAGCACGUCUCAAAGCUUGGAAUCAAAGAGAAAGAUGCAAAUUCAUUUCCACAUCAACAAAGCUGCAGUGUUUUCAGUUGCUUCAAAAAAUGGAAAAGUUUUGCCUUUUCCUGUAUAUAGUAACUUUCUUUUAUAUUAAAAUGUUUGCCACAGUCUCUCAUUUCUAGGUAAGACUUUGGGGUGAAAAGCUAACUUUGACAUAUUGUGUGUUGGAGAAGGAGGAGUUUUCUUCCUUCUGUGUAUUUUUCUCAUUUGUGUAGACAUCCUUUGUUCUUUCAUCCUUCUGCUCUGUUACCUUUCUGUCAAGACAACCGUGAUUGUGUUGCUCAUGCAAAGGCAGCAAUUCAGGCAUCUGCUAGUGCCUCAUGAAUAAAGCUGAGUUUUUACGUUUGUCAUAUCAAUGGAACAGCUGGGAGGUUAGAUGAAUCACUAAAGCGUGUGUCACAGCUUUCUUUACUGCUGUAAGCAUUUUGGAGAUCUGGUAUCUGUCAUGGUUAAUAUGGUUACGUGAAUGAAUAAAAUAUUUUUGUAACCUGUGUGUGAUGAAAAA